AUGUCACUCGCAGACAAUCGCGCCCUGCGCAUCCUCGACCAUGCCGCCGACAACCACUACGCCGUCCCAGCAAUGUGCUGCUACAACGUGGAGGGAAUUCUAGCCACAGUCCGUGCAGCCGAAGCCAAGCGUUCACCAGCAAUGAUCCUCCUCUUCCCCUGGGCCGUGAACUACGCCGACGGAAUCCUAGUUCACGCAGCCGCAGAAGCCACACGGAACGCCUCAGUCCCUGUAACAGUGCACAUGGACCAUGCGCAAACACCUGAAAUGAUCCGCCGUGCUGCAGACCUAGGUGGCUUUGACAGUAUCAUGGUCGAUAUGUCGCACUAUGAGAAAGAAGAGAACCUAGCUUUAACGCGCGAACUGACGGCUUAUUGCCACGAGCGCGGGAUUGCUACAGAAGCGGAACCGGGGCGUAUUGAGGGCGGGGAGGAUGGUGUUGCUGAUACUGCUGAUCUGGAGGGUUUGUUGACAACACCGGAGGAGAGUCAGGAGUUCGUCAAUACUGGAAUUAAUUGGUUGGCACCGGCUUUUGGAAACGUGCAUGGCGAGUAUGGGCCUCGUGGGAUCCAGCUCGAGUAUGAUCGACUACAGUCUAUUAAUGAGACUGUUGGUGGCCAGGUGCGCCUUGUUCUACAUGGAGCGGAUCCCUUCAACAAGGAGAUCUUCCAGAAGUGCAUCGAGUGUGGUGUUUCGAAGAUCAAUAUUAAUAAGGUGCUGAAUAAUCCUUAUAUCAAGGUUCAAAAGGAGAAGGCUGGGAAUGUGCCUCUGACUACAUUGCUGGAAGAGACCACGAAUGCUAUGCAGGAGGCUGUGGAGAGAUGUAUUGAGAUGCUGGGUUCCGAGGCAAGGUAUCCUUGA